AUAGGUUUGUGACGUAACAAACCGCCGAAGUAUUUUAGAAUAUCUGGAUUACGAUUCGACGAUUUGAGCGACGGUCGCCGCGGCGCCGAAAUAUUUUCUGUCUAAACAUCAGACAGUUUGGAUGUUUAUGAACGUAUAAGCGAUGUAUUAUGACGUCACAACUUAAGCUUUUGUAGAACCGAUUUAAACCAAAUCGUAAAAAUCUGCGGCCGUGAAAAUCUGCGAUUUCUUUGUUUAUUCUUUGCUUAAUUUGACUUCAAGGGUAAAAAACCGCGGCGCGUCAAAUUUCGCGCAAAAACUUCGUAAGAAUAUUUGUACGUCACAAUAGGAAUUGUUACGUUGUCAAUUGAUUAUGAUCAAUCGCCUACGUAACAAUUGAAUCUGUUUCGUCACAAUGGGAUUCAGUUUAACGGGGAAUCCCCAAUAAAUAAUAUUUAGAACGUAACAAAUAUUUUGACGAAUCGGAGACACGGGGUCUGGUCACGUGUGUUUGAUUGUUACGUCAACAAAGAUUACGCGAUGUUUCGAUGUCACUAAUUAGAGGAUUACGCGGUCACGUGAAUUCCUGCUAAUAGACCGCUUUGUGAUGUCACAAAGUGAAAAGAAUGUGCGAAUAAUGGUUCGGGUUGAAUUCGCGUCGAUUCGCGUCAAGUCAACUUGCGUGAAAUCCAUUAGUGACGUCACAAUGCCAUCCCGCUGCGAUGCUUUAUUAAAAUGACAAGUUUCAUUAUUACGUCAUAAAACGAAUUAUAAUUUCUCAUUAAAGGUGUUUCCCCUUCCGUCAAAACUUCUUUGUUACGUCAUAAAUAAACGAGUUAACAAAGCUAAUUGUGACUUCGUAAUAAAUCGCGAUUUUUCCUGAAACGUCACUUCCGGUGAGAAAUUCGCGCGACAAGAGAUAAUGGAGCGUCGGGCGCCGCGAAUUGCUUGUCUGCAAACAGACGUCUGGCGCCAAUGAAUACACGACAAUAUCUUCCUCUAUUACAUCACAAUCCACCACAUUGUUGACGAUUAUGAACAAAUAAAGAUUUACAACCGAAUAUAUUGUUACGUCACAAAAACUUAAUCAACCGGGGAUUACCCCAACAUGCAACUGUAAAAUCCGCGCAAGAAAAUUCAGAAUUUAAAGAUCUUUUGCGGCGCCGGGAAAAAGUAGCGCGUGUCGCGGCGCAUCGCGUCAGGUCGAGCAGUCGACGAUGGCGGGUUGGCGUUGGGAGGUUCUGUUGCUUUGGGUUUUGAUUUGGAGUCUCGUGGAUUGUCAAUUUAAAGGAGGUACAAAGGAGCAUUGCAAUAACGAAGGAGAAGUUUUGGAAAUCCCAACGAUCACCGACGACCCUUGUAUAUCAUGCAGGUGUAUGAAUGGCGUCGUCAAGUGUUCGCGUGAGCGAUGCGCGAAACCUGAUUGUAACGUUCUGGUUUAUGACAAAAACGAUUGUUGUCCACAAUGUGCAGAUUGUGACGUCAAUAAUGCAACGAUGAAGUCGUCUAACGCUUGGAGCUCGACACCGGAUUGCGGGCUUCUGCAUUGCAAGAAUGGGAUCGCGACAUCUAGCGAGAAGAAAUGUUACUCCACUUGCUCCAACCCUCUACCGCCAUCUAACGGGGAGUGUUGCCCAACUUGUGCAGGAUGUUCGUUUAAUGACGUCAUAUACUCGAAUGGAGAAACAUUUACGAUUGAUGACGUAUGUGUGGAUUGUCAAUGCAAGGAUGGAAAUAUUCGAUGUUGGAUGAAAGUUUGUCCAGUGCUCGCUUGUGGGCGCCACAGAGCUGUUUUCGAUGGAUGUUGUUAUAAAUGCCAAGGUCGACGUCGGUUGUUUAAACUAACUGAGGGACAAUGUUGGUUUCGAAGGAAAAUAUUGUCGCGAAAUGAAGAAGUGAAAUUGGAUGAUUGUACGUCGUGUGUUUGUAAAAAUGGGACGGUGGUGUGCAACAGAAUGUCAUGUCCAUUAAACAAUCGUUGCAAACAAACAGAACAAUCGUUUAUUAAUGGUCAUUGUUGUUCGUUUUGUCCUGAUGAAAUUUUAAACAAUUGUUCAAUCGAUGGUCAUAAAUAUGAGCAUGGAACAAGGUGGCGUCGUCACGGCAACCCAUGCGUUCAUUGUUUAUGUAACAAUGGAACAAUCAGCUGUUUAACGGAAACUUGUUCGUUGCCAGCCAAGAAAUGUCCAGCGGGUGAAGUUUUAGAAUCUUUGCCGGGGAAAUGUUGCCAGAGUUGUAUACCAGAGCCGGGAAUAUGUGCAGUAUUCGGGGAUCCGCAUUACCGAACGUUUGACGGGCGACCUUUCAAUUUCCAGGGUGAUUGUAAAUAUGUAUUAACCAAAGAUUGUCGAGAUCAGAAUUAUUCGGUCAUUGUCGAGAACAACGCCAAAAGGUCUCGUCAAUUCUCGUGGACCAAAACUAUUUACUUCCGAACUUUUACCACAAAAUCUCGAGAAGCAAUCGUACUGUCCCUACAUCAACAUCUUGUAGCUAAACUAAACGGCCACAAGGUGUCGCUACCGUUCACCUCGGAGGAUAUUUUAAUUUUCAUCGAACGAGACAUCAUCAAAGUUAGAAGUUCCGCAGACAUCUCGUUAAAUUGGGACGGGGAUAGCUAUCUCGAAGUGGGGGCUUCCCCAGGGUAUCGGGGGUUACUUUGUGGGUUAUGCGGAAACUACAACGGGUUUUCUCGAGACGAUUUUAUUGGGGGUGACGGUCUUUUUAAAUCCGACAAAAAUAAGUUUGGAGAUUCGUGGAAGUAUGAUGUCAUUAAUGAUGUCACUGGAUGUUCCAGACCCGAUUACAGCCUCAGACCUCAGCCAUGCAGUCACAACAUUGCUGCAAAAAUCAACUCAAGAAAAAAAUGUUCAAUUUUUAAAUCCCCGAUGUUUCAAAGAUGUUACAAUAAAGUUGCACCUGAAGAAUAUUAUAAAUCUUGCCUUACUGAUGUAUGUUCUUGCCCACCCACACGUAAAUGCGCUUGCGAAUCAAUCAAAGCUUAUACGUCAUCAUGCGCAAGGGAGGGGGUUCACCUAACAUGGAACAAACGGUCGCAUUGUAAAAAGAUUUGCAAAAAAGGAAAAAUUUAUUCGGCUUGUGGGCCUGGGUGUAGAUUAACGUGCAGCAACUACAAACGUCGUAAAAAACGAUGCGAACAGCGCCAGUGUGUGGCGGGAUGUCAUUGCGUAGCUGGCUACGUCAUCAAAGGAAAUAGAUGCGUCAAAGUGACGUCAUGUCCACGGUCGAGAUACUAACUUUCUUUUAUAUUUUAGCUGCUCGCUUUUGUCACUGUUCCAAAUUAUUCAGCAUAUUUUACAAUUAAAUUUAUGACGUAACAGUGCAGUCUAUUGUGUCACCUCAAUGACAUUUUUACCUCCCCAAAUCGCGAAUAAACUUUCUAUGUUUGUUAAUAUUACGAAACUUUGUAUUAUCUUUAUCGCCACUUGUUGCAUCAACUUUUAGAAUGUAUUGUGUAAAGAAUGCAUAAGAUCUACUGUGAUGAAUCCAUUGGUUGGGAAGAUUACGUAUCUUUCACUAGAAAGUUUACCGUUUGUGUUAUUUACUAUUUCAAAACAGAUUUUGUAUAAAAUGUAUCAAAGGAAAACUUUCUAGAUAUUAAUGUUGUUUAAGGUAACUAUGAAACAUCGGGUUCAUGUUUUUCGCUCCCCAAUGUUAAAUCAAUUACUAACUCUAUGCUGCCACACGUGGUAUACGUACAAUUUCCCCACAGUUUAAAUAUCGCGAAAACGUGGUCAAAAAGGUUGUGUCGGUUUCUUCCAUUCUUUAAUCCAUCUUAAUCUGCUUUGGUUAUCUAUAUUACAGCACGUGUUGUGGAAAUAUU